AGCAUCACACUCCACCCGUCAAACAGCGAACGGCAGCUAAGCUAGCAGGAAACCGCGUGUGAAUUUAUGUUCUCCACAGCUCAAGAGAGCCUGCUGAAAGGAUAAAACGCCAUUUCUGAGUACUGAGUACGGCGAGGAUGUGUGUCCCGGCAGGAGAGGGAUGAAGAUGAUACCACUGUUAUGGCGACUUGUGUCAGUGUUGCUCUGUGUGGCUGUAGUCUGUUGGUACCCUAGUUACUAUGUCGGUUGCCAAGAGUCGCUCCAAGAGGCCCAGAGGCCCGUGUCCUCACAGGACGUCGGUUCGGAGGAAGAGUCGGGGGAACAGAAUCAUCAUCACAAGGUUGAGGAAAGCGGGGCAUUAUCUGCCCUAUCUGAAACUGAGCAAGUGAUAGAGGAUGAUUGGCAAAAACAGGAGCAGACAACACAAGAAGUGGACACAAAGCAAUAUUUAAAGGCCUUUGAAGCAGAGGAGCCUGCUGUGGAGGAAGAGUUGGAGGCAGACAAAGACAUUUCACAAACUGAGCCAGAACCUGAGCAAAACUUAGAAAAUCAUCACCCUGAAACCUCCAUCACUCAAGACCAGGACUCAGCCUCCCUGCUGCCUGUCUCUGACCCUGUCUCUUAUAUUGCUGCUGAACUUGAAGACAACUCCAACAUCAUUAAGCUUCAAGACAACAUCCCAGAGAGUGUUUCGGAUGAUGCAGCUGACGUAGCUGCACCUGAGGUCAUCGAUUCUGACCUUCCUCCAGCUGACUGUGAAGAAGAAGAACAAGAAGAGAAGAACCCAUAUGACAAUGAUAGCAAUCCUCCAAUUGUUCUGGAGAACACUUCCAACGUUCACACUGCAGGUACUAAACCCCUCACUGACCCUCCUCUGAGCUCUCAACCUGACCACAGCACACCGCAUCUGGAGACCAACACAUCACAGAUGCUGAAAGAGAAAGAGAAAGACCCGAGCUCCCCUGCUACCACAGGCACAGAUUCCAGCGUGAGCAGCAAAGACCCCGAGGACAUCCCCACUUUUGAUGAGUGGACGCGGAAGAUGAUGGAAGUCGAGAAUGAAAAGACUCAGUCUACUCACACUACUAACAACGGGGCAGCUCAUACGGUGAAGAAGGUGCAGAAGAACUUCAAUAACUACGCCUCAGUGGAGUGUGGAGCCAAGAUUCUUGGCGCUAACUCCGAGGCAAAGAGCACUUCAGCCAUACUGAAGGAGAACAUGGACCUGUACAUGCUGAACCCCUGCAGUAAUAAAAUCUGGUUCAUCAUCGAGCUCUGUGAGCCCAUCCAGGUGAAGCAGCUGGACAUCGCUAACUUUGAGCUUUUCUCUUCCACUCCCAAAGACUUUCUUGUCUCCAUCAGUGACAGAUAUCCAACAAACAAGUGGCUAAAGCUGGGGACCUUUCACGCCAGGGAUGAACGCACAGUCCAGAGCUUCCCAUUAGAUGAGCAUCUUUAUGCUAAAUAUGUGAAGAUGUUCACCAAGUACAUAAAGGUAGAGCUGGUCUCUCACUUUGGCUCGGAGCACUUCUGUCCCCUCAGUCUCAUAAGGGUGUUUGGGACGAGCAUGGUGGAAGAGUACGAGGAGAUAGCCGAUCCUGCAGAAAGACCAGAUGAUCAGGAUGAUGACUUGGAUUAUCCUCCUGGUUAUGCACCUGGUGAAGUCAAGUUAUCCAAGAAUCUGAUUGGAUCAGCAAAGGAUGUCAUUUUGAACAUGGUAAAUAAUAUCGCUGUCAACGUUCUCGGCGGAGGCCCAGAGAUGCAAGGCAACCUUUCAUUACAGGAAGUGAACAUGACUGAGUCAUCAGACCAACUCGAAACCGCCUCUCAAACUACGGAGCUCACUUCAGUUCCAGACUCUGAAGUGGAAGAAAUUUUACCAGAGCCCAAUAUCCCUGCAGCUGUAGCUCCCUCCUCAGAGUCCUCUGAGUCAGAAACAGCCACCACUGAUACAAGCAGACAAGAGCUCCCCCCAGUGGAGGAAAGAAUUAUCACUCCUUUAGAGAAAGAUGAGGAAGAACCAAUCGGCUCUACAAUCAUUCUUUUGGAUAAGGAGGAGGAGCUGGAUGAAGAGAAAGAGAAAAGCUUUCAGCAUGAGCUACAACAAGACAUCCAGCACUACUGUUCAUUACUUCCUUCAGUUUCUUCCUCCUGCUCUUGCGCAGCUUCCCUCCAGGAGUAUCUCCUUUGGCAGUGUUCAGCCCUGCUGUCCAAAAAACGAAAAUGCCAAACGAUGAGCAGAAAGCAAAUGAUUCCUCCCAUCCAAACACCCGCUUGGCAACCUCCCCUGCUGCCCUCUGCUUGCCCUGAACCUCCGCAGCACCACGGAGAGGUACAUCAGCCCCAUGAACAGGAACAAGCUUCUGAACAGGAGCCAGAGAGCGGAGCCAGCCCGUCAGAAGAGCCUCCGCCUCCAGGGAACGCGGCAGAGUCUCAUAAAGAGUCGAUGUCCGAACCUCCUCUGCUGGAGCCCAGUCAAACCUCCAACCUCCCCGCACCCAGUGCAGCUGACUCAUCCCCUGCCAAACCUACCCCUAUUGUGGAGACGCCACAGCUGUCUUCUGUGGAAUCAGCCAGGGAGAUGAAGCCAGAAAAGAGCCAGGACGUGCAGUUUGAAGAGAAACACAUUGAGCCUUCAGUCUCUCUUAGUAGCUCCGUCUAUGUGAAACCCAGCGUAAGUGCCACAGUGGAUGAUGCCUCAGUGGCACCAACAGAAGAAAAGUCUGACAUUGCAGUUUUUAAACCAGAAUUAAACGCCCCCAUCCAAACCCCAGAUAAGACAGACGAAUCCGAAGUCAUCCAUCUAACCGCCUCCCCUCAUCUAGAACCUCAGCCUGACCCAUCAGCUGCUCCUGACAGCGGUUCUGCUCCCACUGAGCCGCCCCACCCGGCUCCAGACUCCAUCACAGAGCUCGAGCCCUCCGGCGGCCACUCAGUCAUCACAGAAACUAAAACGGAGGAUUUCCCAGAAGACAUCUCUGCGUCGUCAGGCGGCAAGCCUUCCUCUCCUACCUCACCGUCCCUCUCAGAUAUCUAUGCAGAUCCACCCAAUGGCACAGAGCAGAACGGGAACCUGGUGCACGGCUCCAGCCAGAAGGAGUCCGUGUUCAUGAGGCUCAACAACCGCAUCAAGGCCCUGGAGAUGAACAUGUCACUCAGCGGACGCUACCUGGAACAGCUAAGCCAGAGGUAUCGAAAGCAGAUGGAGGAGAUGCAGAAGGCUUUCAACAAAACCAUCAUUAAACUCCAGAACACCUCUAGAAUAGCAGAGGAGCAGGACCAGCGUCAGACUGAGUCCAUUCAGCUGCUGCAGGGCCAGCUGGAGAAUGUGACUCAGCUGGUUCUCAACCUGUCUGUCAGAGUCAGCCAGCUGCAGAAUGAGGUGUCAGACAGGCAGAACUACCUGCUGUUGUCUCUGGUGAUGUGUCUGUGUCUCGGUGUGCUGUAUUGUGCCAACCACUGCCGCAUCUCCAGUAUUCCUCCAAACACAGAACCAGAACCACCUAUCCCUAAGAGCUACACCUACUGCUGUCCUGAGAGGCAGUUCUCCUGUGAUGAGACGGGCUUGAAGAGGAGUGCAUCCUAUCCACUCAUACACUCACUCGCCACCACUGAAGGCCCAGAAAUGCUGCACUUAGAGGAGACACAGAGUCUUUGUCAAGCUAACAGAAAGAGGAGACGUCGUAAGAUGAAACCCAUGGAGAAAGUGGAGACUCUGAAACCCUCUUUUAAUUCUGCUCCAGAACUGUGUAAUGGAGCCAUUAUAAUGAACGGUGUACCUGUCACCACAAACCCCAUGCCCUUUACAAAAAGGUUUCUUCAGCCUCUGUUUAGAGACUCUCCGUCAGAGGGCAGCUCUGAGGCAUCUUCACACUCAGAUGACCCCUCCUUCUGCGGCAUCACCACAGCCUGCAGCCGAAUCUGUGAGGGGCUCCCCCAGCCCAAGACCCGGGCGGAGAAACGGGCAUUAAGACGCAGGCGUCCCAAGCCCAGUUGUGCAGUGGUGGACUUGCAUCAGGCCCCACGGAGGGACAGGAGCCAACCGUUGCCCAUCUCUACCAUACAGGACUUGAUGAACAGGAAAUCGGAGCAAAGCUCUGGGACAUUUGGGGUAAAUGUUGCCCUCUCAGGUCCUGUUUGACAGGACUCCACUCCUUCACACAGACUGCUUAACUCUUAAAAAAGAGGAUGGUCAUUCAUUUCUGUAGCCACAGGCAGCUUGAAGCUUCGAUAUGAGACAAUCCCUUCACUCUUAUUUUUCUUUUCUGUUCAUGUUCGUGUCAGAUGUUUAUAUUUGUUAUUCUUCAAAUCAAGAAAUGUCUUCCCAGCUUUCCAUUAAAGCUUUUCUCUUUUGUUUGGAACAA